AUGGAAGUAGAAAAACGUCCAUCAGAUUCUUUUUCAAAUGUGGAGCGCAGUGAUGGUCAUGACAACGUCUCUCACCAAGAGCAGCGUUUUGAACAUCAAUUCUAUGGCAUCCAAAAAGUCAUUCUUAUGAAGAAGCUUGGUCAUAAAUGGGACAAGAUCCUUGUUAUCACUGGCAUUAUUCUCGUUGCCUGGGCCAAAAAUUGGGAAGGAAACUUGGUCUAUUCAGCAUCGGUACAAAUCUACAGUGCGUUCAACUCUCUCAGUAUCUCUGCUCUUGUCGACGUGGUGCUCUAUAUUGUUCAAACCAUUUUGUUACCCAUGUAUGCCAAGUUCUCUGAUAUGGUCGGCAGAACGGAAGCAUUUGCAAUGGCCAUUUUCUUUUAUGUUAUCUCUGGUGUCAUUCAAGCUACUGCUCAAAACAUGGACACUCUUAUCGGUGGUCAAGUUAUCUAUGCUUUUGGUCUAUCUGGUGUCACAGUUCUCGGCCAUGUAUUAAUUGCAGACAUUACUUCUUCAGCAAAUCGUGGUAUCUUUCAAGCAUUCUAUGAUUUCCCUGCCAUGAUCAACAUUUGGGUUGCUCCUAUUGCUGGCACAGCUAUUGCAGAAAACAGCUCCUGGAGGUGGUGCUAUAGUAUGAUCCCAUUCUGUAUAGGAACAUGCUCGAUCCCCUUGCUCUAUGGUUUGUUCAAGAUUGAAAAGACAGUAAAGAAGUCUGGUCAAAUGCCACCCAAAGAUGACUCCAAGUAUCGAAAUCUAUCAUUCUUUGAAAAGGUCAAAUUUAUUGGUAACGAAAUGGACGCUAUUGGCAGUCUCUUGUUCAUCGGUGCUCUUGGUAUGAUCCUGGUUCCUUUGAUCCUUGGCCCCUCCAGAUGGGGAUGGUCGUCUAGCAUUACUAUCGGCUGUCUGGUAGGUGGUUUUGUGUGUGCCUUGGUCUUUGUGUUCUACGAAAUGAAGAUUGCUGAACACCCUGUCAUUCCUGUUGCGGACUGGGAUACCACCACCCCUAUGGCAGCUGUUAUGGUGUGCGCUAUAAUCAGUUCCAUUCGUGCUAUCAACUGGACUUAUUUCAUGACAUACCUCCAAAUUACUCGUUAUGCAACCCCACUAGAAGCUACCUACAUUGAUCGUAGUUACCAUGCCAUGUUUUUGGUAUCCCAACUUGCUGGUGGUUUUAUCAUGAAAAAGUACAAGAUCUAUAGACCCGUUGUUCUUGCUGGCAUUUGCUUUUAUAUUCUUGGUAUGGGUCUUAUGAUUCCUUCUCGCUAUCCUACUUCUCCUUUGGGAUUCGUUAUUAUCAGUCAAAUCAUUGCAGGUCUUGGUUCUGGCAUGAUUUAUGUCCCUUGCCUUGUUGCUGCACAAAGCUCUGUUCCUCAUGGCGAUCUUGCUAUUGUAACAGCUCUGAUGUCCAUUGGCGGUACUAUUGCCACUAGUGUAGGUGGUACUAUUGCAGGUGCUAUUUGGAACUCACUUUUGCCCGGCCAACUGGCAUCUCAUGUUCCUGGUGAAUUUGAUGCCUCACAAAUCCUUGGUAACAUUACUUACAUUCAUGCCCUCUUCCCUGAGCAACACAAUGGUGCUACCAUUGCGUAUGGUGAAGUGCAGAGAAUCUUGUCUAUUGUCGCCCUUUGUCUCGCUGUCCUCGCUUUGGCUUUCUGGUUUAGAAUGAAGUCAUUUGGUUUAACCGAACAUGAUCACCACGAUACAGAGCAUGAAUUGACUGAAAAAGAGAGAUCACCUAACGAGCAAAUUGCUGAUGACUACAGUAUUGCCAAAACAAACAGUAAAACGUAA